AUGGAAAAAAAUUCACUGGCUCCUGGAUUUCGGUUUCAUCCCACUGACGUUGAGCUUCUUAAAUACUAUCUGAGGAGGAAAGUUUUGGGGAAGAAGUUUCGUUUUGAAGCUAUCGCUGAGCUUGACCUAUAUAAGUACGCUCCUUGGGAUCUGCCAGACAAGUCACUUCUAAGGACUGGGGAUCUCAAGUGGUACUUUUUCUGUCCAACGGAGAAGAAAUAUGGAAAAGGGAGUAGGUUCAAUCGUGCCACUGCCUAUGGGUACUGGAAGACAACUGGGAAGGACAGACCUGUUCGUCACAAUGACAAAGAUGUGGGGAGUAUUAAAACUUUGGUUUUCCACAGAGGGAAAGCCCCACAAGGAGAGAGAACAGAUUGGGUUAUGCACGAAUACAGACUGGAAGAUAAGGAUCUACUUGACAAGGGAGUCGUCCAGGAUGCUUACGUUCUUUGUGUUAUUUUCUGUAAGGAUGGUCCUGGCCAUAGAAACGGUGCCCAAUAUGGAGCACCAUUUAGAGAGGAGGACUGGACUGAUGAUGAUGAAGUUGUUGAGGACGUCUCUUCCACUGACUUGCCUGCACCAGCCUUCACUAGUGCUACUAGCCCCUGUGUUACUCAGAGCCAAUGCCUUGGAUCAUCAGCUGAAUCAAGUCGUUUUGCAGAUUCUCCUUCAGUGGUUCUUGAUGCAAACAAGCCCAUUACACCCAUGGAGGCUUCCCAAGUUUUAGUUGAAGAUAUUAUUUCAGCACUGCACUCUUCUUAUAAGGAAUACAGCUUGCUCAGUUAUGGCCAAAUUGAAUAUGGUUCUCCAAUAACAGAUGCAAAUGCUAAUCUUGAGUUCUUGAAGGCUGCUGAUGUUUCAGUUGAUGAUGAAAUUUCUUCAUUGUUGGCGACAUUCACAAAAGACGAUGCUCUAACCAAUGUGCUUUAUCCAUUUGAUUGAAUGAUAUGGCCUGACCGCUUCUAUUGAGCGUUAGUAUUUAGGAAAUUUUGUAAGCAGA